UUUCUUUGGCUAAGGAGACACCGGAGUGAGUAGCAGUAAUAUUUUCAUAGUCAUAUUUGAGUUGAGCAACCCUGAGUGAUAGGCGGCGGACCCGGUUUAACAUCCACUGCGUCUGCGUGAAUGAUGAAACCCGAACCGACUUCACAAAACCUGGUUUAGUCUCCACUUGAUUUGCCCGUAUCCAUCCGGUGCUUAACUUUAACUGUUUAAGAAUUCGAAAAUAGGGUUUAGCCGGGGGUUUAGCGAAUGUGAGCCCUAGUGCUAGUAGUUCCAUAUGUAUGAAGAAACAUCAAUGGCGGAUGAUGUAAUGAUUAAACACGAUCAACUUACUAAUAAUCCCUGCUGUAUUACUUGGGAAGACAAGUACAUUAAAUUGAAAGAGGGCUACACCAAGCUUGAAGAGCGAAGAAAUGCUCUUCGUAAAGGUCUCUCCAUUUAUGAACAACAAGUCAAAAAAAUGCAAUCCGAAAAUUUGUCUCUCACCAAAGCUGUUGAUGAUGAGAAACUUAGGGCAAAUAAUGAAAAGGAGGAAAAGGUAAAGGAAUCUGCUUUAAGGGUUUCUUUAGAGAGUGAAGUUGCUCGGUUGAAGAAUGAGAUUCUUUCCUUGAAGAAAAAUGAUGGAGGUAGAGAAAUUACAGAGCUUAAGGAGCAUCUCUCUCAGAGGGAAACAAAGGUAAAUGAGCUCAACGAGCUUCUUGAGAAAGAACGAUUGAGAGCAGAUUCGGAGAAAAAGAAGGCUGACUUGGAGAGGAAAAAGGCGGAUGACUUGAGGACAAAAUGGAAGGCUGAGAAAACAAGGGCUGUUGAAGAGAGGAGACUUGCUGAUGUUGAAAGGAAAAGAGCCGAAGGAAAUAGACUUAAUUUGGAAAAUCUGAAGAAAGAAGCUGAUCAACUGAAAUCAAAGUUAGCUUCGGUGACUUUGGAGUUUGAAGAUGCUAAGAAGAAGCUUGAGGCAGAAAGAGAAAACACAUCUAAAGAGAGAAAACGUGCAGAUGCAGCAGUGAUGAAGGCUGCUGACCAAAAAAAGAUUGCAGAAACCAACCACAAGAUUGCCAUGGAUGAAAAAAGUCGUGCUACUGAUCUAUAUCGGCAGCUGGAACAGGAUAGACGAGAGAUUGAUAAUUUAAAGAAAGAGAUAAGUGAACUCAUGUCAUCUGGUAAAAUGGUUAACACCGUACCUCGUGAAGGGACAACUCUUGGAACUGCUCAAUUAUCAUCUGAGCUUGGUCCAGGUGCAGUGGAGAGAGAUGUUACCAUGGUAGAUGUAACUCUGAAUUCUGGUGCAGCCCAAAAAAGGAUCCAGGAAAUGGAACAAGAGGUGCUGGUUGAGAAAAAGCGUGUUAAAUCAGCGAUGAAAAAAAAGAAGAAGCAAAGAAAGGCUGCAGAAGCAUAUAAAAAGAAGGCAUCAGAAGAAAAAGAUCGUGCUGAUCAGCUUUCUGAAGAGGUUGAAAAUUACAGAAAAAAGGCUGAUGAACUGCAGAAGGAAAUUGAAAAGCUAGUUUCUGCAAGGUCUUUUGUUGCUUGUCCUCUUCGUGCAUAUGAUAGUAAUUUACAUGUUGAAACUGCUAAAGGUAAGCUGUUGAAGAAGCAAUUGAAGUUUGAAAAGAAGCUGGUAAAGCAUGCCAAAGAAGUAGCCAAGUUUGAAAAUACCCGUAAUUAUAUACUACAGCAAAAUCUACUUAGCUUAAAGCAGGAGUUUGUUCACUUCUCAAGACGUCUAAAUAUAUUGGAUGGUUGCUUCUCUCAAGGUGAUGGGCAUGACCUGGAAAAGGUUUGCAGCUUCAACCUGAAAAGCAAUUAUUCUGGUUUUGAAGCUUGUGAUAUGCACUGUCAUCUUGGAAAUGAUCCUGUGCAGUUAGGUGCUGUUGUGUCUGAUCCAUCCAAGCAAAAGAUAAAUUGUAGUGUACCUUCGCUUCCUGUAUGUGGAGGGAACAACCCUGGAUCAAUAUCAGGUAUUAACUCUAAAUUGGAGCCUUUGCUUAGAGGUUCCAAUAAGAAAGCGUUACAGAGUUCUGCCAUGAAUUCCAGUUCGACAUCUUUUUCUGAUAGGCUAUUGGUGGGCUCACAGGAAAGAUGUGCUUCCAUCACAACAUCAGCUUUAUCAGCUGAAGGAAAAUUGGACUUAGAACCGACCAUAUCCAGUUUGUCUGGAGAUGCAAGAAAAAAGUACAAUGAGAAUGUUGUAGCAAUUGCUGAAAGUAAUAUCAAGAGUCCUAUCAGUUGUAUUUCUACUGAGAGGAGAGCCUCACAUCAUAAGAGGAUGAGGAGAUCUAUUGAUGACGUUGAAUAUAAUGGAAACUUAAAUUCCGAGGGUAACAAAAGGCAAAGACAGCUGGCACAGAAAACCUCUCUGCAUGAUGGUAUGUUGAAUAGUAGAACAGAUGGACAUCAUGAUGAGGAAAAGCAUUUGGUAGCCGGCAUGCAGCAUGAUAUGUGCAGCGAGCAUUUAAGAUCUCACAAGAAGAGAAGAAAAUCCCGUGAACUAGGCAUGCAGCCUUUAAACAGUUCUGGUGUCAUACCUGAUGUUUGCGCACAUGCAUCUCCAAUGUUCUAUAACCUUCCACAAACUGCCCAGGAUUGGAAGGAUGGGAAAGAUGAUGAUCUGGGAGAUAUUGAUGAACUUGUCGGUGGUGAUUAUAUAAAACUUCUCAAUUUGGAUAACGAUAAUGAUGAAGAGUCUUAUCGUCUAGCAAUUGAAAUGCCUUUAUCGCCUACACUUCCUGAGAUUCAGUACCGUAGCAGUGUGGCACUUGAAUCGAUUAACACACCUUUAUAUGAGGGAUUCUCAAAUGCAAUGGGGACUCUGGCUUCAUCAGGAAAUUUUGAUGUUAUCAAUGUGGAAAUUAAUUCUAACCAGUUAAAACACCGUACCUUUGAUCCUCCAAAAAAUUCAUCAUUACCCGAGAAAAAAGAUCAUGUUGAUUCAGCUAAGAGAUUAAGCCUUGGUGCCGCUUCCAAGUUAUCUUGCAGUUCCUAUGCAGAUGCAUCGGGAGCAUUGUGCAAAUCAGGUUUGGCUGCUCCUGCAAGUGAGGGUUUGCAGAUUUCACUGGAAAGGAGAGUGGUGUCAUUAUGGGAUGGUUUUGUCAAGUAUUGUGUCAUCUUUUCAAAUGACAAUGAAGAGAAUAGCAUUUCAAGUGUUUACCGUGCUACCAGCAGGUGUCUUGCUCAAUGCUCUGCAUCAGCAGAUACUUCUCUUGGGAGUAUUUUGGUGACUCUUUUGAAUCUUGAAGAAAUUUCAAACAAGGAGAAGACAUGUGUCCUCCUUUCGCUCUUACUACUCCACAUUUCUGAUACUGUAACGAGAGCCUUUGGAGACGAUUGGGAGAGAGACCUGGUCCUUUUCAUAAAUACUGUUUCUCAGCAUAUAUAUAAAGAACUCUCACUUGAAGAUACGAGAAGGAUAUUUGUGGAAUCUUGCAACUUGUAUGAUGUACUUUCUCUUAUGGAGGAUUUUCUUUUGCAUGGUAAAUUGCUGGUGCAUGCUGUAAGUUCUGAUUCAAAGCUUGCAUCCGAUUCAGGAAUCAAUCUUAUUUUGGAUGGUCGUAGUAUAAGCUUGUGCAAGCAACGAGCUCCUACUCAGUUGUUGCUAAUUGGAGGCAUUUUGCUAGCAUCAGUAUGUGCCGCAGUUGACCAUGUUGGUUUUGUUUGUGAGGCUUCCUGCAACAUUUUAAGGAUGCUGAGAUCUGAUGCUCUAAAUAUUCUUCAUGUAUUUGCUUAUCUAUGUGGUUCUAAAUACUUUACCUUCAAAGAGUAUGGUUUAGCUAUGACUGUCGUGAAGUCAUUGGUGAUGCUUAUUCACAAGAAUAGAUCAUCUCCUAGUCCUCUUUCCUGUGUUCCAUCUUCGUUUGAGUCUCUGUCUAGGAUUUGUUCAGGUUGUAAGUGCCCAUUUUCAGAGGGUGCAACUACCAUGGAUGUUGUUGCAUCCUCACUCUUGGAUAGUCUUAAGAAUUAUGCUUGCUCUGCUGUGGGGUCAGAUUUGAUGGAAUCAUUGAACUCAUCAAGACGUGGAAUCAGAUCUGAUGGAAGGAUAACUGAGGAAUCCUCAGAUGGUGUAGAUUUAGUCCAGUCGGCCUAUGUUACUUCUGGGGAUUCAUGCCAGUUGAUUGAUACCCUUGCACUGGUGGAGCUUGUUGCAGGUUUCAUGAGCUGGGAUUGGAUGUUUGACAACAUUGCCUGCCCACUAUUGGAUCUAUUGGAAUAUUGUUCAACAGAGCACAAUGCUGCUGCUAUUACUACUCUUCUUGGCCAACUCGGAAGGUCUGGAGUUAAAGCUUUUGGAUAUGAAGAUGUUAGGAUUCAGAGAUUAAGAAGCUCUUUAUGUGCAUUACUUUGCCAAUGCGACUCCAAAAGAAUGGGUCUCCACCUCCAGUUCUCCAUUGGUAUUGCUUUAAUUGGCCUAAUUCCUCUUAGGUUUGAGCAACUUGUUGGAAGUAACACUGAAGUUACACCAGCUGCAGAUCCAUGUGAUCCAACUGAUUGCCUAAGAAAGUGGUUUGCUUUAUUGAGCAGCGAGCAGCGGUUAUUAUUCAAAGCUUGUAAAUCCUGCCAGUUUGACUAAUUGCAGGGUUGACAAACAAAAUUUUGGGGGAGAGCAAUAGAUGAAAAAUUGCCGGUUUGUGUCUUUGUUGAUGUAGAUAAUUUUCAGUACUCGAGGAGUUGUAAAGAAAAGGCGGUCCUUUUCCUAUUUUUGGUCGACCUUUGCCAAUUCUGCUUUUGGAUUUUACUGGCGAUUGUUGGGCCUUGUGCCAAUUGUGUU